GAAAGUUUUCCGCAAACUAGCGCAGCCUUUAACCUACCUAAGAACUUAAAAAGAAAAAAGACCAAACACUGCUCUCUCCUCCUUGCAGCCAACGUACAGCUAGGUCCUGCAACCAUCUCCGUGUUGACCGGCGAAGCCACCGGCUCUCUCCUCCUCAGAUGACCGGCGAAACCACACUCACACACUCCCACCCUCUCCCCUCCUUCUCAGGUGACCGAAAAUUAUUUUUAGAUCCGUAUCUUCCUAUCUCUAGCUUCCCCUCUUUUCUCUUGGGGUUUCGAUGUCGUCGCUUAUGGGGGUUUCCUCUAUCAUUCGAUUGGUGAGUACGGUGAAUGAUAACUCUCUGUCACUUUCUCUCUCAGAGACUAAGUUUUUGUUCAACAUAUAUGUGAUAGUUAUUGGAUGUUCAACAAUCUUCUGGAAGUGAAGGAAAAAGAAUUGGUAGAGGCUAAACUAGAAAUUCAGCACUUAAUAUCUGAACAGAAGUCUCUCAUGCUCAUCCUGCAAGAGAGAGACUUGGAGCUCAAUACUGCGAAGAAGAGAUUGGAGGAAGUGAAUGCAGAGGUAGCAGAGCUAAAAUUGCUCCUGAAUAGAAAGGAAGAUCAGCUUAUCCUGGCCACUGGCAUGCUUAAAGAAAAAGACUAUUUUGCGGAGGCAAUGCAGCAUGAGUUAGAUGAUGCAAGACUAAAGGCUUCUGAAGCUGAAUCUGUUGUUGGAAGAAUUGUUGAUCUGACUAAGGAAUUGGUAAUCUCUACAAAGGAGGGAAGUCUCUACACAACAAGUGACUUUGAAAAGUUUCCUUCUCAAUUCUUAGGAAAACCUGCUGAGGAUUAUAGGUCACAGAAAAUACAGUUGGAGGCUGAACUUGAAUUGACAAAAGAGAAUAUUAAGGCGAAGGAGAUGGAACUUCUGGCUUCACAAAGGAAACUUGCAAUCAAAGAUGAGGAGCUGGAAAUGGUACUUGAAAGAUUAGAAGAAGCGCAUCCUUUAACCUAGGAACUAAAAAAAAAAAAUUGCACACUUACUGCUCACAUCUCUCAGCUCCCUGCAAACCAUCUCCUUGCACAGGUGACCGGCGAAGCCACCGGCUCUCUCCUCCUUUUCGUGUUCUUCGCCUUAAUUUAGUGUUGAUUUUCGUUAAUUUUUCUUAAUAUUUUCUAUUCAAUUGAUAUGAAAGUCUCGGACUUUUUGUUGUUGGGUUUUAGUUCUGCAAAAAUGUCCCGUGUAGACGUGGAAACUUGGAUCCACGGGUGACUGAGCGAGAGCUUGAAGAAGAGUUUUGUGUUUUCGGAGUUAUUCGAAGGGGGAUCAUGUGGCACUUUUGUCUGCAUUUGCAGAAAUGGGACUUAAGUUGCGCAUGGAUUUGCCUGAGCAGGCAAUGGAGGUGGCAACGGUCUUCUUUCGUAACUCAACUCCUGCAAGCGAAGCUGCUGAAACUUUAAAAAAGUUCUCAGAAGAAAGAGAAAAAAAAUUGAAGGCCUUACAAGAAAAGAUGCAGCUUGGAGAAAAAGAAGCUAAACGAUUUAGUCCUGUUGAUGCCUUCCCUGGAGAUAUAGUGAUAUUUACACGUGUGCUUAAUCUUUUAAGAGGUCUUUCUGCCACAAUGGAUGUCCGCAUUGUCUACUUUGAUAUCAUGAGACCAUUUGUCGAGUCUGCUUUGGGAGGAAUCAUUAAUAUGGGACCAGCAACAAAUACGCAAUGGCUCUGUGACACUCCUGUUCUUUCAGAAAGCUGCGGAAGCUCUUGAUUGAUCAGGGAAAUUCUGGAAAGAUACUGGGAGUUCAUUUUGUGUCAAGGGCAUUCGGUUGAGAGGACAUGCAACAUGAUAAAAGAUGCGAGGCUCUGCUGUGAACCAGGUCAAAAGCCUACAGGCAGUUCAGGAGUGGCACCUGAUGCAAUGUUUCCAGUUUUGCUGAUAUGGAAGGCGAGGAAACAUUUGAUCCUUCAUCUGUACAAGCUUAUUCUUAGGAUAUUCAUCUGUACAAGCUUAUUUGUUAGGAGUAGAGGUUGGAUUUGAUUCAUUGUUUUUUGCAAGAAUAGACUACCACGACAGGGAGAAACGCAUGUCUGAGAAAAGCCUUGAAGUUUUAUGGCUGGGCUCUAAGAGUCUCAAGAAGACUGAUCAGGCAAAC